AUGGCAACAGCGGCGAUUCUUCUACCUCCCAGCUUAAUCCAAGAUCAAUUCUCCUCUCGCCGUUUCCGAAACACCAACCCUAACCCUAGAAAUCACAACUCUCUUCGUUCUCAUCGUCGCAAAAGAAGUCCUUCCGACGGAAAUCGCCGACCUAAUCUUGAUUCUCUCUCUUCAUCGCCGCCAUUAAAGACGCCUGUCUUGGGCCAGGUCAAGAUCCUCAAGAGAGGCGAAGAAUUAAAGGCAAGAGUGCUGUUCGGCGGAGAAAAUCUUGAUUUAGGGUUACAGAUGUGCUCCACAAAUCGAUUAGGUCCAGAUCCGGAUGUUGUACAGAAUCAAAUUAGGGUUCCGGAUCUUUACGCUGGUACUACUUCCAUGGUUUCUUCUCCUCACCCUAGCGCGCUCCCUUUCCCGGCGAGUUUGGUCCGGAAAAGCGAGGCGGAGAAUAAUCUCAGAAAGUUGCUCAAGAUUUGA